AUGAUUUACUGUUCCGUACGGCAGCUAUUUCUGCGCGUGCGUAAACGUGUAAGGCCCUUUUGAUUUAUUGAAGCCCGUAACUGAAAUUCGCUACCUGAAGAGUUCCGAAGAGGAACUGAUAAAGGUUCUGUAAAAAUGGGGUUUGUAAAAGUGGUCAAGAGCAAAGCUUACUUCAGGAGAUACCAAGUCAAAUUCCGGAGAAGACGAGAGGGCAAGACUGAUUAUUUUGCAAGAAAGAGACUAGUGAUCCAAGAUAAGAAUAAGUACAAUACCCCAAAAUAUCGACUUAUUGUGCGCAUCACAAACCGGGACAUUAUUAGUCAGAUAGCGUACGCCAGAAUAGAGGGAGAUAUGAUUGUUUCUGCAGCAUACUCUCAUGAACUCCCCAAAUAUGGCGUGAAAGUCGGGCUGACAAAUUACGCAUCAGCUUACUGUACAGGACUUCUGCUCGCUCGCAGGUUGCUGAAUAAAUUUGGAUUGGACACCAUUUAUGAAGGGCAGGUUGAAAUCACAGGCGAUGAAUACAAUGUCGAGAGUGUGGAUGGUCAUCCCAGUGCUUUCACUUGUUACCUGGAUGCUGGCCUUGCAAGAACCACCACAGGAAACAAAGUGUUUGCAGUAAUGAAAGGUGCAGUGGAUGGAGGACUUGCGAUACCUCACAGCAUUAAGCGUUUCCCUGGCUAUGACUCUGAGAGCAAAGAGUUCAAUGCAGAAGUUCACCGACGAUACAUCUAUGGACUGAACAUUGCAGAUUAUAUGGCACAACUAAAUGAGGAUGAUGAGGAUGCUUUCAAGAAGCAGUUUUCUCGCUACAUUAAGAAUGGUGUUGCCUCCGAUUCAGUGGAAAAGAUGUAUAAAGCAGCACAUACUGCAAUCCGGGCCAGUCCUGUCCAUGUGAAGAAACCCAAGAGGGAUGUAAAGAUCAAACGUUGGAACCGGGCCAAGCUUUCACUGGCUCAGCGUAAAGAUCGUGUUGCACAGAAGAAGGCCAGCUUCCUGCGAGCCCAAAAAGCUGAAGAGGACUAGAAUAUUGCGCACAAAAGGGAAAGUAAAGUUUAAAUUCUCCGGAACAUAACAUUGCUGUCAUCAGUGAAAAAUAAAAAAGGGGAAAAACAAAAAUAAAAAUGCAUAAAGUAA